UCUGGUCGCGUGGGUUCUUAGAGACAUGCUGAUAGUUAGUAAUGUGAAGGAGAUAUCGAAUGCAAACGGUCAGUGCAUGUUGGUCCCUCGAGAAGCGCUUGUGUGCAGAGGAACACGUGGAGUAACGAUGACUUGGAUGACUGUUGUGAUGAUGAUCGUGUUGCCGCUAGUGAUUCGAGGUUGUGAGGCGGCGACGCUUGGAAGCCAUUUUGAAGAACCUCUGAAGGAGAACGGAGAUUCGUGGACAGCCAACGUGAGAGUGAAACCGAACCACGAUGAUGACUGGCAGUUAAACCUCAUUCUGACAGUCAUGGAAGCCACCCAAGCAACGCCUGUCAUGAACCUGACACUAAACCACACGUCUUAUUAUCGGAUAAUACGACUCCACGGACAUUUUGGUGUAGGAGAAAUCACAGAGGAUGGCUUCCUUUCCAUGCGGGAGAACCAGUCCUUUACCCUCGCUGUCACAGUCCGUCGAUACGAUUUAGACCUUCAGAUGGAUCAAGUGAAGAAGACUGAAGCACAUGGACUAAAGAAUUUCGAUGAUAUAAGAACUUCGGUUCUUGAAUUAACAAACAUUGUUGCUGCUGAAAACUUCAGUGUGUCCUGCGACUGCGUUGAGGUCAAUAACAGUACAUCCACUACACCAAAAUAUUCGGUUCAUACGACAUUACCAGAAAACAGAACUAACGUUAUAGCUGCGGCUUCGUGUGGCGCUGCGGCCCUUGUAAUGGCAGCGACCUGGGUGAUCUACUGCACUUCGAGGCGACUGCGCGGAUGCCCACCUGUCAACGAAGCCUCCUGUUCUAUCCAGGACAAGAGACCACGCCCCGUCCACGCACAAGCCCAGCAGGAUAUCAGCAUCCACGCUUCAUCUGACAAUACCUACGCAAACGUUGCCACGCCUGCCCAGGAACAUAGUACUGCACACGCCACUUGGGCUGCUUCAGGUCAGAUGGGUACUGACAGUGAACUGCGCGUAGAUGAACACCACAGUUUUUUCGAGGAACACAUCUAUGGGAGUGCAAGUGGUAUAGCCGAAUCGAUGUACACAGACUGUGAUAUAGACGAACGGAUUUACACGGACUGUGCAAAAUACCAACAAAAGUGCUCUCCCGAUGAACACAUCUACGAGAGUGCAAGUGAUCUAGCCGAACUGAUGUACACAAACUGUACAAACUGCCAAGAAAGUUUUCCUGAAGAAUCCAUCUACGAGAAUGCAAGUGAUAUAAAGGAACAGAUGUACACGGGCUGUGCAAACUACCAGUGCAACUCACAUUGAAGAAUCAUCCGACAGCCGGUCGGAGAGAAGCAGCAUUUACGAGUGCGAAAGGGACACCGACGAACAGCAGUCAUUCCGAAACAGCAUUUAUGCGGAUUUCACAUGAGGUCUUCCACAGCUGCUCUCACGGCGCCGGAUGCAUUUGCUAUAAUGAAUUUCAUUUUUUAUGUCAUGACAAGCAUAUAGUAAUGGAGUUUGUUGCAAAGUAUUUCUACAUCACUGCGAUAGAAGUGUCAGUAGUUCAGUGAAGUUUGAAACCUUAUGCACUUGGAAUAUUCUUUAAACUUUAUUGUGUAUAAUCUAAGAGUUGAUCAUUGAUGAUCCAUAUUCAGCCUAUAUCACGGCUUAAAAAUUCGUGAUUAUUGAAUGACUUGCUUCCUAAGACUUUGUAUACGACUCGUAUGAGUAGAUGAAUAAGAAGGUAAAACAGCU